AUGGCCUUAAAUUUAAAAGACAAAAAAUCGCUCUCCCAACAAAUUCUUCCUGAAGUUGAUUUUAAUGUUACGCCUACAGGAAUUACUAUUUCUGCCUCUGACCGCUUAUCUAAUCCGAGAUUUAUUCCUUUUAAUCAUCCAGGCCGUUGCCGUGAAUGUAAAUCAACAGAGGUAGAAAUUGAUUUUAUAGUUACAAAAGAAGGUGUCACCAUCUUCUGUAACCGUGUUAAGGGAAAUCAAUUCGUACCCUUCGAUACUAUUUAUGAACUUCCAGAAAUACAGGUGAAAACUGAGGAACCAGCAAUAGAAGAGGUAAAUGAAGAAAAUAGAAAGAGACGAAGUACAAGUGAGCCUUUGAUUGAAGAAAUUCCAAUUCACUCACCAACUUUAGCACAAAAUUUAAAAGAUAUUAUUUACCCCACUUCUGUUUAA